UAUCUCACUAAGCAUUUUUAAGUUGUCACAAGUAAAGAUGAAGAGAUUCAACAAUGGCUUUUUCCAGUUGGUGUUUUUUCUCAUCUCUCUUCCUCUUCUUGGUUCAGGGCUUUGCAUGGAUCCUUUCUCCUACGACCAGUCUUUACAAUCAGAGUGCCUCAUGGAGCCUCCACAAACAACUGGCAAUACCGUAGGACAGGGAUCCAAAGAAUUCAAGAUAAACGAAAGUGGUGGAAUCAGAAAUGUAGUAGAGAGAGUUGAUCUUCAGGAAGGAAACAUAUAUAGCGUUUCUGCUUGGGUGAAGUUGAGAAAUGAAAGUCAGAGGAAAGUAGGAAUGACUUUUAGGGGGAAGAAUGGGAUAAACGUUUUCGGAGGUGAAGUUAUGGCGAAAAGAGGAUGCUGGUCUUUGCUUAAAGGCGGUAUUACCGCUGAUUUCUCAGGCCCUAUCGACAUUCUCUUCAAGAGCGAUGGCUUAGCGGCCUCGGAGAUAUCAGUACAAAAUGUGAGGAUGCAACGGUUCAACAAAACUCAAUGGAGGCUACAACAAGACCAAAUAAUUGAAAAGAUUCGGAAGAAUACAGUGAGAUUUCAGAUGAGUUUUCAGAACAAAAGCGCAUUAAAAGGAUCGGUGAUAUCCAUAGAACAAGUCAAACCAUCAUUCAUCCUUGGCUGUGCUAUGAACUACCGAAUUUUGGAAAGUGAUAGCUAUAAAGAAUGGUUUGUGUCGCGGUUUAGACUAACUUCCUUCACAAAUGAAAUGAAAUGGUAUGCAACUGAGGCAGUGAGAGGUCAAGAGAACUACAAAUUAGCUGAUUCAAUGAUGCAGCUCGCGGCGGAAAAUGGGGUUCUAGUAAAAGGACAUACGGUCUUGUGGGACGAUAAGUAUUGGCAGCCAAAUUGGGUUAAGACGAUCACGGAUCCUGAAGAUUUGAAGAAUGUGACACUCAACCGAAUCAACUCGGUUAUGAAGAGAUAUAAAGGAAGAUUAGUUGGAUGGGAUGUGAUGAAUGAGAAUGUGCAUUUCAACUACUUCGAGAACAUGCUUGGGGGAAACGCUUCAGCUAUUGUCUACUCUUUGGCCUCCACGAUUGAUCCUGAUAUACCGUUGUUCCUGAACGAAUUCAACACGGUAGAGUAUGCUAAAGACAGAGUUGUGAGCCCUGUUAACAUGGUGAAGAGGAUGCAAGAGAUUGUUUCAUUCCCAGGAAACAGUAAUAUUAAAGGAGGAAUUGGAGCACAAGGUCACUUUGCUCCAAUUCAGCCAAACUUGGCUUACAUGAGAUCCGCAUUAGAUACAUUAGGCUCUUUGGGUUUUCCGGUUUGGCUUACGGAGGUGGAUAUGGAUAAGUUCCCGGAUCAGGUUAAAUACAUGGAGGAAAUUCUUAGGGAAGCUUACUCGCAUCCUGCGGUUAAAGCCAUAAUCCUAUAUGGAGGGCCUGAAGUGUCCGGUUUCAACAAAUUAACGCUUGCCGAUAAAGAUUUCAACAACACAGACAUAGGGGAUCUCAUUGACAAUUUACUCCGAGAGUGGAAACAAGAACCUGUAGAGAUUCCUAUCCAACACCAUGAACAUAAUGAUGAAGAAGACGGUCCAAUAAUCGGGUUUUCUCCAGAGAUUUCCUUACUGCAUGGACAUUACAGAGUGACUGUAACUAAUCCAACGAUGAAGAACUUGUCCACCAGCUUCAGCUUGGAGGUAACUAAGGAGAUGAGUCAUCUUCAAGAGGUUCAACUUGUACUUGAUGCUUGAAAACUGAACUAUAUUAUUUAUCAUAUAUUGUGAAUCAUCCUAUGAGAGAUUAUACAAAAUAUAUAAAGAGAUUUGAAAUUAAA